AUGAGGCCAGCUGCUGCAGCUUUAUUUGGCUGCAUAGCCGCUGCGCUUGCGUCGCUCUUGCACGUGGCACGUGCCGCACAGGCACCUUUCUCCAUUGAAGCUAUCGAGCAGCGUAUCGGCUUGGCAUGGGCAGCCGAGCCGGUGACGUAUCCGAGUAGAAAAUGGACUCUGCCUCGAAACAGCUCCAACUCUGCCGUUGUCUUUGACAAAUACAGCCUGGCACUCGCCGGUGGUCAGCAGCGUCUGUUUGUUCUCGCAGCCGAAUUUCAUCCGUGGCGCCUACCCGUGCCGAGCCUAUGGCGUGAUGUCUUGCAAAAAAUCCGAGCGGCUGGCUUCAACACCGUAUCAAUCUACACACAUUGGGGUCUCAUCCAACCCACUCCAGAGGCCGCAUCCAUCGACCUGACCGGUGUCAAUGAUCUGGACUACUUCUUGACUGUAGCAAAGCAGGUAGGGUUGUUUGUGAUUUUGCGACCCGGACCUUACAUCAACGCCGAGACCACUGUGGGCGGCAUGGCACCCUGGACUGUCAACAUCGACGCAGUGCUGCGCACCAACGAUACGGCCUGGCAAAAUGCGUGGAAGCCGUACAUCGAUGCCAUCUCUCGUGUCGUGGUCAAGCAUCAGCUCGUUCAUGACUCGUCCAAAUCAGAACGUCUUGCAGGUGGAAGCGUUAUCCUCGUCCAGGCAGAUAAUGAGUACAAGACUGGCGAUGCAGAGCGCGCAUACAUGAAAGAGCUCGUUGCUAGGCUCAAGAGCAAUGGCAUUUCUGUGCCCAUCACGUACAACGACCCGGGCCGCGACAACAACUUUGUCGACCUCGUCGAUUUGUACGGGCUUGACUCGUAUCCACAACGCUUCGACUGCUCGCAUCCCACCACGUGGGUUCCGUUUCGCGAUGAUUAUUUGCAGUACCACAUGGACACAAAUCCAGAACAGCCCUUCUAUAUCCCUGAGUUUCAGGGUGGAUCGUACGAUCCUUAUGGUGGUCCCGGCUACCAAGCAUGUGGACGCAUGACAAAUGCCAGCUUUACCCGAGUGGCCAACCAAGCUCUGAUAGCACAGCGAGUGACGCUCCUGUCCCUCUACAUGGUAUACGGCGGAACUAAUUGGGGCGGUCUAGCCGAACCGGACGUCUACACAUCGUACGACUACGGGGCUGCACUCAACGAGCACAGACAAACGACAGACAAGUAUACCGAGCUCAAGAGGCUGGGCAACUUUGUUUCGGCUUUUCCCGACCUUGCCAUGACCGAACAGAUAUUUGACAAGCCUGGCUUCAACGUCUCACAAGCAUACGACUUGGGCGCGAAUAAGACGGUCGAUGCAGCCAUCCUCCGGACCACGGUGCUUGAAAACCCCGAGACCAAGAGCAGAUUCUACGUCGUCAGAUACGACAACACAACCGAAUCAAGGAGAAUCCGCUUUGCACUCGAGAUUGAGUCGAUGGGAGAGACCAUCUUGGUGGGCGACAGGCGGAACUCGGACAGCGAAUGGAUUGGUAACAACUAUCUCAACGGUCGAGAUAGCCACAUCAUUCCUGUCGACCACAAGUUGCCAGGCGGUCUUCUGUUGCGCUUUAGCACAGUCAAUGUCUAUCGCGUCGCUUCCUUUGCCAACUACGUCCUUGUGUCUCUGGACUAUGCGCCAAAUCAGUUGAUCGAAUACUCGCUCACUUUUCAAGAGCCGGGCAACCGUUUUGUGGGCAUGCAGAUGUUGACUUUCAACAGCCGCGAUGCGACUCUGCAGAAAGUACAGAGCGAGGAAUGGUCAUUGGUGCAACGUAUGCAUUCCGACAUCCAAGCGGAUCCCACCUACGUCAGGGGUUCGAUUCCAGCCUCUAACAUUGGCGAAUCGGAGCAGCGCUACAUGGUGUACAAGACUGUCGAAGGUAUCUGGAUCGUGCUCCAGUUCACGCCUACCUUGCUUACCCGACGAGACUUUUCUGCUCCUGCAAGGGUCGAGCGAGGCUCUGGUCGCUUGGCUGUGCCGCGUAUCGCCAAACAGAACAACGUAAUCAGUAGUUUCUUCGGUCUUUCAGAAGACAGCGUCAUACUGCUCAAAGUGGAUCUUUUCCGCAACGCCACGUACACGACCACCGCCCGGCCGCUCGACACGCUCCAUCUUUGGGGAUCGGUAUCCUCGGACACCGAUGCAGCUUUGAUGGCCUUACCCGGGCUCACAAACAUCUAUUGGAACGGCCAACAAGUCAAAGCAACGCCACAAGGUGACAAUGACUGGUUUUACUCCUUGGCCCUCCCUGGACCGCCUAAAGCCGCGCUUGAGUGGACACCUACCAACUUAUCCAAGCUCGACUGGAGAUGGAAGGAUUCGAUCCCUGAAGCGCACGCAGAUUUCGACGAUAUUACUUGGAUUGACGCAAACCAAACCGACUCAUUCAAUCCAUACGCCCACGAUCCAUCCCUCGACACGCAAGGUUUCAUCCUUUUCGCUUCACAGUACGGGUUGCACGCGAACAACAUCGUCUGGCGCGGUCACUUUGGUAUCUCAUCGCAUUGCGCGCCUUCGGAUGUGUAUAUCAAAGUCGAGGGUGGCCGAUCGUCCGCUUUCAGUGCGUGGCUCAACGGCGUCUAUCUCGGAAGCGUUGAAGCGGAUCGCGAGAAAUCGGCUUCUGCGUCCACUUUCACGAUUCCACAGCGAGCACUUUUGGUGAAUAGGAACAACGUGGUGACGGUGCUACAGGACCAUAUGGGGAUUGAAAUGGAAGCUGGACAAUUGCCGAUCGGGUUCCGAGACGAUGCAAGCCGCAAGUUGGAAGCGGUCAAACUUCCACGCGGGAUCGUCGCUUUCAACUUCCCGUCGCUGCGCAACGCGAAUCGUACCGAACCGGAGGUCAAGUGGAAAGUGCAGGGUAAUUAUCAAGGCGAAUCUGCCCCGGACGCUGUUCGAAGAUCGUUGAACGAAGGUGGUCUGCAUGCCGAGGUGCGAGGCUGGCACCUCCCCGGAUACGACGUCUCGCACUGGUCUACGCUUUCCAACAAACCCAGAGGCAGAGUCAUCUUUUACAGAACUGCCUUCGACCUCGACCUACCUCGCAACACAGACUUGGGCCUGACAUUCAGCUUCAGCCACCUAGACGGCAAGAAAUUCCGCGCUCAACUUUACGUCAACGGCUGGCAGAUGGGCAAGUACAUCAACCAUCUGGGCCCACAGACCGAGUUCCCGGUGCAUGACGGCAUCUUGCAUCUUCGAGGGAACAACGAGGUGGGCGUGAGUGUGUGGAAUCUGGACGAGGAGGAUUCAGAUUGGGAUUGGGACCCAAGGAAGAGUUUGGAGCUCAAGGUGAGCCACGUCAUGUCGGGCGAGUCGAGAGAUGGCUACAACUUGCCAGCAAAAGCUUGGGACAAGCUGAGGGUUAAAGUGUAA